CUUACAUCGUCUCUCACAUUGGUGCUCCCUCAGGGAGGCACCAAUUCUAACUUGUUCUUCCCUUGUUUGUGUUCAUCUUCUCAGAAAAACACAACCAAGGGAAGGGGUUCUGCUCCUUUCUUUUCUGCCUAACAUAUUCGGAAGAGGAGGGAAACAAAUUAACACGCCUUGACCAUCACCAUUACCAAGUGGUGCUUAUUGGUUGUGUUGUUGAUCAUUUUAGAGAUUCCAAAAAAUGAGCAACACAACGACGAUGGCACCGUUUGAUCUCUCAAAUAGAUCCAUCAUUUGCUACACGCCAACCAUGACAACAACCAAUGGCCUAUGGCAGGGAGAUAACCCUUUUGAUUACUCCCUUCCUCUCUUUAUCUUUCAAUUAACGUUGGUGGUAUUUGCCACACGUUUCUUUGUUUUCAUCCUCAAGCCGUUUCGCCAACCGCGUGUCAUUGCUGAAAUCAUGGGUGGAUUGUUAUUGGGUCCAUCAGUGUUUGGUAGAAAUGAAAGAUUUGCCAAUGCUAUAUUCCCUUUGAAAAGUGUGAUGGUGAUGGAGACAAUGGCAAACAUGGGUCUCAUAUACUUCCUCUUUCUGGUUGGGUUAGAAAUGGACAUUUCGAUUAUCAAACGCGCAGGAAAAAAGACACUGUCCAUAGCCAUUGCUGGAAUGAUAUUGCCCUUUUUGGUUGGUAUUGGUCUCUCAUCUUUAAUAUUAGUGGACGACAAAAGCAUGAGCCACCCCGGCUAUGUCCUCUAUCUUGCAACUGUUCUAUCUGCCACUGCAUUCCCGGUGCUUGCUAGAAUGCUUGUUGUGCUAAAACUCAUCAACACAGACUUGGGGAAGCUUGCUCUCUCAACUUCUCUCGUCAAUGAUGUGUGUACAUGGAUGUUGCUUGCUCUAGCUAUAGCUUUAUCAGAGCAAAACACUAGCAAUUGGGCCUCUAUUUGGGUUGUGUUAUCAAACCUUGCUUUUGUUUCUUUCUGCCUUAUUGUUGUUAGGCCAGCGGUCACAUGGUUGAUCAAGAGAACCCCAGAAGGAAAACCUUUCACUGAGUUCCAAAUAUGCAUAGUGCUCACUGGUGUUAUGAUCUCAGCCUUUAUUACAGAUGUUCUUGGAACGCAUUCUGUUUUUGGAGCUUUUGUGUAUGGCCUAGUGAUUCCAAAUGGCCCACUUGGAGCUGCUAUAAUAGAAAAGCUAGAAGACUUUGUUUCCGGGCUUUUGCUUCCUCUCUUUUAUGCCCUCAUUGGGCUUAAGACUGAUAUCAGCUUGAUCAGUGGAGCUAGUUCAUGGGCAUUUCUAUUCGUGGUGAUUCCCCUCUCUUGUGUAGGCAAGAUUGUUGGGACUAUGCUUAUGACACUUGUGUUCCAGAUACCAAACCGUGAUGGGGUUGUUCUUGGUUUGCUUAUGAACACUAAAGGCCUUGUUGAAAUGAUUGUGCUCAAUGUUGGGAGGGAACAAAAGGUCUUGGGUAAUCAAAUUUUCUCACUCAUGAUUAUUGCAACACUCGUAAUGACAGCAAUCAUUUCUCCCAUUGUAUCAUUAAUUUAUAAGCCAAGAAAAAGGCUUGCACCUUAUAAAAGGAGAACAAUGCAGAAUACAAGACUUGAUUCAGAGUUAAGGGUCCUGGUGUGCAUUCACACCCCUAGAAACGUCCCCACAAUGGUCAAUCUCCUUGAAGCAACUCACCCCCACAAAAGGUCUCCCAUAUGUGCUUAUGUGCUCCACUUGGUUGAACUCACUGGUAGAGCUUCUGCCAUGCUCAUUGUCCAUGCCAAUAGACAAUCAGGAGGUCCAGCCUUGAACAAAACACAAGCGCAAACCGACCACAUCAUCACUGCCUUUCAGAACUUUGAGGAAUAUAUUUAA